CGCGAAGUCGGUGAUUCACCGCUAUUGCACAUCUGGACCAGUUGCCUUGAAAAAUCCAUUGGCACAGCAGAGGUCAAUCGGGAGGCACUGAUCAUCUACUUGACCACUCAAAACCGAAGACUACAUCAUCACAAUGGGUGCCACUCGUGCGCAGAAGGAGCUAUACUUCCAGAAGCUCAAGGAGCUUGUGGCCAAGUAUCCCUCUAUCUUCCUCGUCAAUGUCGACAACGUCGGUUCCAACCAGAUGCACCAGAUCCGUGUCGCUCUCCGCGGCAAGGGUAUCGUCGUCAUGGGCAAGAACACCAUGGUCCGCCGCGCCCUCCGUUCCAUCCUCGGAGAGUACCCCCAGUUCGAGCGGCUCCUUCCCCACGUCAAGGGCAACAUCGGCUUCGUCUUCACCUCGGGUGACCUCAAGGAAGUCCGUGACAUCAUCACCGCCAACAAGGUUGCUGCGCCCGCUCGUGCUGGUGCCCUCGCCCCCAAGGACGUUACUAUCCCCGCCGGUAACACCGGUAUGGAACCCGGCAAGACCUCUUUCUUCCAGGCCCUCGGUAUUCCCACCAAGAUCGCUCGUGGUACUAUUGAAAUCGUGUCCGACGUCCAGGUCGUCACUGCUGGUACCCGUGUUGGCCCGUCCGAGGCGACGCUGCUCAACAUGUUGAACAUCUCGCCCUUCACCUACGGUAUGACCGUCGUUCAGAUCUUCGAUCAGGGCAACAUCUUCUCCCCCGAGGUCCUCGACAUCUCGGACAAGGAGUUGUUGGAUCGCUUCUUCUCCGGUGUCACCACCAUUGCGGCCAUCUCGCUCGCCCUCAACUACCCCACCAUCGUCUCCGUUGUGCACUCUCUUGUCAACUCGUACAAGAACCUCCUUGCCGUUGCUCUGGCGACUGACUACACCUUUGAGGGUGCUGAGAAGGCCAAGGAGUAUCUGGCCAACCCUGACGCCUUUGUCGUUGCUGCUCCGGCUGCUGCUGCCGAGGAUGCUCCUGCUGCCGCCGCUGCCGAGGAGAAGGAGGAGGAGAAGGAAGAGUCGGACGACGACAUGGGCUUCGGUCUUUUCGAUUAAGCGCGACAUCUCCGAAUGUGCCGUUGAUAAUGUAUCGCUUCAUGACCCUGCCAAAAGUUACACUACGAUGCUGUCAAUUUGUAUCACUACUGUGUCGCUAAAACUCAUGAUUCUCGGUGCACCGUCGCAAGCAGAUCUCCAUCCUGAGACUAC